UACAAAUGAUCGGAUUUUGUAUAAUUUUGCAAAAAUGAAACUAUAAGAUUGUAUAUUCUAUCACUUAAUAAAAAUGGAUGAAAACCUGGAAUUUGAGCUAAAAAAGCUUUGUUGUACCUGUUUAAGCAGAGAUCGGAAGCUAUUUCAGUUAUGUAGAUUACCUGAUGGUAUAAAUAACUUAUAUUCACUGUUAUCCUACGAUUCUGAGGCCUAUAGAGAAGGUUUCUACAGAGACACAACAAGUUUGUUCAUUUGCUGGGAGUGUAGAGCUGUUAUGUGUCGGAUUACUAGGUUUAGAAAACAAGCUUGUACAGCUCAGAGGUGUCUGAGUGACAUUGCUGAUGGACGGACUAAUGUCAAUACAACAUGCCUAUCCCGCCUUACUAGCAAAAAACUAAAUGAAGUAGCCGUAACAUCAAAAUGCACAGAUACAGAGAAUUUUAUAAAUCUAACAGAAGGUUUUAUAGACUGUGGUCCAACUACGGACAUACUCAUAAAGAAUGAAUUUGAUGAUGAUGACAUUCCAUUAUCCGAACUCAAUAACUGGCCAGACCAUGUCCCAGAAACAAUCAUAGACUGCAAAGAUGAACCCCUAAAAACCGUAAACAAUGAUGAACUUUCAAAAGCCAUAGCCAAUAAAGAUGAACUGUCAACAACCAUAGACAAUAAGGAUGAACUGUCAAACACUUUAGUGUUGCCAGGUGUAAAAAAGAAGAAAAAGUAUUUAAAGAAAGUUUUUUCUACAGUUCCUAUCGAUGAUUCUGAAUUGGAGAAGAUGAGAGGUGAUUGUAGGUUAGAUGCUGAAUUUUUGGCUGCAAGUUUUAAAUGUGAUAGCUGUAUUGAGAUUUUCGAUAACGAAACUGCAAUGGCUGAACAUAAUUCAUUACAUUUAGAGAAACCAAAUCACACGCAAUGUGAUGUUUGCCUCGUCUAUACUCUGACGUCAUCGUACACAUGCCAUAGACAAGAGCAUUACCAUAGACACGACUGUAAAUUGUGCAAAUAUACAAGUUUGAAUGAAAAUGCUAUCUAUUUACAUUUGGAAACUACACAUGAGGUUGAAGAACUUUCGACUAAGAAGGUCAAAACGAGUACGGAGAAGUUGAAGAAAGACGUACCAACUUCAAGUAAAUUAAAAGACAAGACGCCUUUACAAUACAAAUGUGAUGAAUGCGAUAAAUAUUUCGGUAAUAAAAGUGCGCGUUGGAAACACGUACAAAAAUGUCAUAGGGAAGGAUUCGAAUGCGCGACCUGCGGUCAACGGUUUCCAUUCAAAAAUAACCUUAGAAGACAUGAGCAGCGCCACAAAUCCCCACCGCCUCGCGAAGAAUGUCACAUCUGCCACAAAAUGGUGAGAAUAUCUUUAAAGGCGAACCAUGCGAAGAUACACACAGAGCGUCCGAGGUACCGAUGUGAUCAAUGCGACAAAAUAUUUGUGUCUCGAGAAUCCUAUGAGAAUCACUUGAAGUAUUCCAUGGCGCAUGCCAAAGGAGAUUUGUUGAAGUAA